GGGAGCUGUAACUAUCUCACCACUGAACCUAUUACUUUUCCAAGAUCAGAAAAGUAUUCCAUGAACAGGGACCAUUCCUUCCUUGUUCAGAUAAGAAUUCAAGAAGUUGACUACUACAAGAGGGAAUCUGAAAAAUGACGGGAGCAAAGAGGAAAAAGAGAAGCACACUGUGGGGCAAGAUGCACACCCCCCACCGAGAAGACAUUAAACAGUGGUGCAAGAGGCGCUUACCUAUCUUGGAAUGGGCACCACAGUACAAUCUGAAGGAAAACCUGCUUCCAGACACUGUGUCUGGGGUCAUGUUGGCAGUUCAACAGGUGACACAAGGGUUGUCCUUCGCUAUGCUUUCAUCUGUCCACCCAGUUUUUGGUUUAUAUGGAUCUCUGUUUCCAGCCAUUAUUUAUGCUAUAUUUGGAAUGGGACGCCAUGUUGCCACAGGCACCUUUGCCUUGACGUCCUUGAUAUCAGCCAACGCUGUGGAACGGCUGGUCCCUCAGAGCAGCAGGAACCUCACCACACAGAGCAACUCAAGUGUGCUGGGCUUAUCCGAGUUUGAGCUGCAGAGAAUCGGGGUUGCAGCGGCCGUUUCAUUCUUGGGUGGAGUGAUUCAGCUGGUCAUGUUUGUGCUGCAGCUGGGCAGUGCCACAUUCCUGCUUACAGAGCCUGUGAUCAGCGCCAUGACCACAGGGGCCGCCACCCAUGUCGUGACGUCACAAGUCAAGUAUCUCUUGGGAAUAAAAAUGCCAUAUAUAUCCGGACCACUGGGAUUCUUUUAUAUUUAUGCGUAUGUUUUUGAGAACAUCAAGUCUGUCCAGCUGGAAGCACUGCUCUUGUCCUUGCUAAGCAUCAUUGUCCUUGUUCUCGUUAAAGAGCUGAAUGAACAGUUUAAAAGAAAAAUUAAAGUUGUUCUUCCCAUCGACUUAGUUCUGAUCAUUGCAGCUUCAUUUGCUUGCUAUUGUACCAACAUGGAAAACACAUAUGGAUUAGAAGUAGUUGGGCACAUUCCAAACGGGAUUCCUCCGCCCCGUGCUCCCCCCAUGAACAUCCUCUCUGCGGUGCUCACUGAAGCUUUUGGAGUUGCACUUGUAGGCUACGUGGCCUCGUUGGCUCUUGCACAAGGAUCUGCCAAGAAGUUCAAAUAUUCAGUUGAUGACAACCAGGAAUUUUUGGCCCAUGGCCUCAGCAACGUGAUCCCUUCAUUUCUCUUCUGCAUCCCAAGCGCUGCUGCCAUGGGAAGGACAGCUGGUCUGUACAGCACGGGCGCAAAGACGCAGGUGGCUUGUCUAAUAUCUUGCAUUCUCAUCCUUAUCGUCAUCUAUGCAAUAGGACCUUUGCUGUACUGGCUGCCCAUGUGCGUUCUUGCAAGUAUUAUUGUUGUGGGACUGAAGGGAAUGUUAAUACAGUUCCGGGAUUUAAGAAAAUACUGGAAUGUGGAUAAAAUCGAUUGGGGCAUAUGGAUCAGUACUUACAUUUUUACAAUAUGCUUUGCUGCCAAUGUGGGACUGUUGUUUGGUGUUGUCUGCACCAUAGCUAUCGUGUUAGGACGCUUCCCAAGGGCAAAGACUUUAAGUAUAACAGACAUGAAAGAAAUGGAAUUGAAGGUGAAGACAGAAAUGCAUGAUGAAACCUCACAACAGAUAAAAAUCAUCUCAAUAAACAACCCACUUGUUUUUCUGAAUGCAAAGAAAUUUAGUGCUGAUUUGAUGAACAUCAUCCUAAAGGAAAAUGAAAGCAGCCAACCACAUGAUGAUGUCAAGUGUGAACAGAACACCUUGCUCAGUUCCCUGUCUAAUGGCAACUGCAAUGAAGAAGCUUCCCAGCCCCCUGCCCCAGUGAGUAAGUGUUUCUUGGUCCUGAAUUGCAUUGGUUUGGACCUUUUCGACUACACAGGAGUCUCCACACUUGUUCAGCUCUACCUUGAUUGCAAGGGCAGGAGUGUGGAUGUGUUCUUAGCCAACUGUACAGCAUCCUUGAUAAAAGCAAUGACAUACUAUGGAGACCUAGACACAGAAAAACCAAUUUUCUUUGACUCGGUACCUGCUGCAAUAAGUAUCAUCCAAUCAAAUAAGAAUUUGAGCAAGGCCAGUGACCACAGUGAAGUCUGAGGCCCAUGUGUUGAAAUGCACGUCUGUCUCAUCUUUUGCAACUGCCACAAAGAAGCCAGAUACUGGCAUUUUGCACACAUUUGGAUGUAUACGAUAUAUCACUCAGUAAGGAUGAUAUGACUUGGCAGAUGCAUAGCCACUGGCCAAGACUUGCUGACCUCCUAUUUUUUUUCCUAAUUUUUCUUAAUGAGCAGAUUUGUUUAGUUAUUUUAUAUAGGCAUCAAUAUGUAUGUAGCUUUAGUUUACUGAACAGUAAAUAUGCUUUUAUUUCCUAUUAUGAGAGUAUUUUUAUGGUCUUAUUUCUGUUUUGUUGUAAGCUAACAAAUGGAGAAACCCUUUUAUCAGAAAUGGUUUUGAUUAUUUAUAAGCCAUUUGUAAAAAAAAAAAAAUUAAGAUCAUCUAGUACAUAAAAAAGUAUUAGUGAAUGUGCCAUUUCUCCAUAGUUUUUAUCCCAAAGUUAUUUAAACAUUAAUAAGAUAAAGAAUCACUUUAUACAGUAAAAAUGAAAUCCAUAGAUAUAAAGAAAUUGAGAAAAAAAGACAAAGUAGAAGUUAUUAAUGUCAAUACCCAUCAAUGCAGUCACUCCAACAAUAUUCAUGUAUUAACUAUGAGUUCAUAUGUGGAAGAAAACUGAUGUUUUAGCAAAACUAAAAUGUUUUCAGCAUUAAUCUUCUGAGUUGUAGAUACCAUUGAUGUGUUCAAUCAGAUAACUCUUGACUUCUGCCUUCCCACAUAUAAGAUAAUCUGCCUUCAGACUUACUUUAUUAUAAUCAGAGAAUAUGAGAAUUUGACAUGCAAUUUUUUUCACAAAUAUCUUUUUGAUGACAAAAUAUCAUAAGUAGAAUGCUUUUGGAUACAAGAUUAACCCUUAGAAAUUUUUAAUUUUCUAUUUGAGAUAUAAAAAGUUAGUAGAAUGUAAUAUAUUAACAUCUAUCUAUACCAAGAUAGAUAGAUGGCAGAUAGAAUGACAGUCAGACAGAGAGACAGAAGGCAGGUAGACAACAGACAGACAGAUGACAGAUAGAUCUCCAUGGUAUGUUUUCCAUUUUCUUUUGUUAGAGGUGAGCUUGAAUGUGAUUACUGUAAAUUUGCUAAAAUGAUAGGAUAAUUUUCAACACUAAUGGCCAGAUAUAAGUGUAAACAUUUUUUCAUGCUUGUAUAUUUUAUUUUUAACUAUAUACAAGCAUACAGUUUCAUAAUUUUCUAACGAAUUGUCUUAUAUAUGAAGCCAUAGAUUAAAUUAUGCUUUAUUCUUAAUGGCAUCUAAACUAUUCUACAGAUUUAACACCAUCAGAAUAAAGCAGGUACUACAAAGAGAGUUUGAAAAGCAAGUUAAAAAUAGAAAUUAAAUAAUUGGCCUUCUAGUAUGGUUCUUAUGGGUGUCUGUAAGAGCAAAUUCUAACUCCUAUCUGAGUGACAGAUUGGAAUAUUCCUUAACCUAUGCAAGGUAAACACUCACACAAUCCUUCGUUUUAACACCUCACUCUUUGGUAGAAUGAAAUAAUAAAUGAAAAUGCCAAAAGCAGUGUUCCAAAUUUUCAUGGUCAUUUUCAAUUUUACUGAAACAAAUUCAAAAGAACAGUCUUGGUCACCAAAAUUGCUUCAAUCUCUUCAUCACUUAUUGGGGUAGUACCAAGUAAGGCAAAUACUUCAGUAUCAUUCAUCAAAUGCUUUUCUAAGGGAAGGUUGAGAGAGAAUUAGGAAUAGAGAGGAGUUCUAUUCUGCAUCUCCACUUUCAUAAUUCUAAUGGGUCAGGGAGGUGAUAUUCUUCAUCCCCAAUCCACCGGACUUUAUCAUAUAAUCAUGAGUUACGCAAAGCCAAGAAAAAUAUAUUAUGGUCCAUAUAAAGUGAUAUUUUGCUACACAAGUUUGGCCUUAAUUAAACUCAUGCAUUGUAGGCAUUUUACUUUUUUGUAGACUAUGGACCCUGGCUGCUACUAAAGUCAUUAUUGUUGGAUGGUUUGUUCUGUUUUGUUGUUAAUACUCCGACAGUAGGUCUGAGAAAUUGCAUCUGAGUGCAUUUAAGUAUUUAGAGUAUAAGUUUAAUGCAUAAACAUUAACCCCAUUAAUUUCAGUAUCAAACAUUGUCAAAGACAAGGAAGACCAAACCACACAUUGUAUAAAGUCUACUGCUCUGUAGUUUAUGCCAAGACCACAAUGACUCUUUACUCAAAGAAAGUCUCUUGAAUUAAAUUCUGAGACCCCAAGAACUGCACAUAAGUUUUAGACGUACAAGUGUUUAUUUCAAAGAAGAAGCAGAGAACACAGAAGCUACAACAUGGCUCUAGUGUUGCAAUGUUUUCUAUCAGCACAUGGAUCUAUUCUUAUGGGACCAUGUUAUUUUUAUAUGAUAAACUCCUUUCAUAGUACUUAUUAUAGUAAAAUAACAUAAAAAACUGACCUAUACACAUGUUAAGAACCUAAUAUGACAGAUAUGAAAUAUGUAACUAGGAAAAACUGUUAACAUUAAACAUCACAUUUAUGCAAAUUAAAUGCCCUUAAAAUUUUGCCAUUUGUCUUUCAUUUUAAAGGUUAUUUGCCCUCAAUUAUGUAAUUUCAGUGUUAUAAAGUUUAGCUUAAACUACUUUGCAAUAAUUUAUUUGACAGAUUUCCAUUCUGUAACCAUGCAAUGUAAUGAGGACAGAGACUUUUCCUUUUUAAUGAAAACAUUAACGUGUUAAUAUCCUGUAUGAAUAAUGCUUGGCAUUCAACGAUUGUGGAAAUAUGUUGGUAUGUUGCUGAACACACACACACACACUCUGUAAUGCCAGUUCUUCAUUCUGUGGUCAGAUGAUCUGACUCUAUACCACAUUUGCUUUCUGGCAGUGAGUUUAUUGCCAGAUUUUAAACAGGGAGUUAAGUGGUGCUUGUGGCGCUUUCAGAAUCCAAAGAUUUGUAGUUUGGAAUCAUGUAGUCUAAUAUGCUGCACUUAUUUUUAUAUUUUUCAAUGCACUUAAUUAUUGUUUUUUAUAAUUAUUUGUACUAACUCAGCAUGUAACAACCAAUUUACAUGGAAAUAAAUUGAAAUAUGAUAGCAACAA